AUGAGAGAAGAUGGUUGGGAUGAUUUGAUUAUGAGAGUUGAAUCAUUUUGUUGUGAGUAUGAUAUUAUUAUGCCAGAUAUGUCUGCUCCUUACAAGAAAAGUACAAGGGCUUGUGAACAAAAUAUUACAAAUGAGCAUUAUUAUCGGGUCAAGACACUUAAUACUUUGAUAGACUUUCAGUUGGCAGAGUUGGAUAGUAGAUUUACAAAUAAUUCGUUGGAGUUCCUUAUUCUUAGUGCUACAUUUGAUCCACGUGAUAAUUUUCGAUCAUUUAAACGUGAAGAUGUUUGCAAUCUUGUUUUGAGGUUUUAUCCUCAUGAUUUUACAUCAUAUGAUAUGUUUGCUCUAGAUAUGGAGUGUGGGUAUUUUCUAGCAGAUAUUCAGAAGGAUCCAAGAUUUGCCAACACAACUACUGUGUCUGAUUUGUGUCGGCGGUUAGUUGAAUCAAGAAAGUCAGCAUUCUUUCCUAUAAUUUAUAGAUUGAUUUGUCUUGUGCUGACUCUGCCAGUUUCUACAGCAACAACAGAGAGAACAAUUUCAUCUAUGAACAUCAUAAAAAACAAACUUCGAAAUAAGAUGGAAGAUGAGUUUUUCGAUGAUUUGAUGGUUCUCUACAUCGAAAAAGUAAUCAUCGAAAAAGAAUUUGCCGAUAGCAUUGAUAAUGAUUCUGUGAUUGCUAAGUUUGAAGUGAGUGGGCCUCGUAGGAUACGAUUUAGUUAG